AUGACAUCACCAAAUAAUAUAAUCAACAGCCUAAGUCUGGGUCAGACUUUGCUGAUCGAAACAAAUCGUGAACUAUUAAUGGGCACCUUAACCUAUAUCGAUAUAAAACAUUUAAUGUUGGAACUGGACAACGCGCGAGAUGUGAAAACAAAUUUUACAUAUCAAUCACCACAGAUGUUGGCAUAUCAACAAAUGAAAAGCAUUAAAAUUGUUGCCGAAGAAUCAUCAGUCGACACUUCAAGUGAUAUAACAACCGAAUCGGAUGAAAUGAAAAAUAGCCCCCACAUAGAAAAAGAAGAAGAAAUUAAAUUACCCAGCAAAAAUAAAACAAAAGAGCAACGUGAUCAUUCGGUUAGCAGUAAAGAACAAUGUGAGGGUUUUAGUAUACAACUCUCAGCAUUGGAUUUUCAAUUGCUGCAAACUCAAUACGAUUCGCUGGUGUAUAUAACACAAACAGAUCAAAAAUAUCACAAAGCUGUUGCGGAUAUUAAAUCUCAAACAAUUAUUGGUUUACUCAUCGAUCCCCUGGAAUGUGCCAGACAUCGUAAGACAUCAUUGAUUGCCAUCUCCACUGCGAGUUCAAUAUAUUUAUUUGAUAUUUUAAGUUUGGGUAAGAUAUUCAAAGAGUUGCGUCUAAUCCUCGAAUCGGCGGAGAGGCCAAGAAAAGUGGUGCACUUUAGCAAUCGUAUUGUGGAUCAUUUUAAAAAUCGCCACGGCAUAGAAUUGUCAGGUAUAUUUGAUACAUUUGUGGCAUAUUGUUUGGUAAGCGAUGACAAAACCAACAAAUCGCUGGAACAGACCAUACAACAAGUUUUCAAUAUUUCCAAUGUUUAUUUUCAUAUUGGAGAUGGGGAAAAGGAUACAAAUAUUACCACAAAUGCCUAUUGCCGUCCCUUAUCUCCCGAAUACCGUUUAAGGCUGGCAAAAUUGGUUGCCUUUCAACUCAAACUCUAUGAACAUUUAUUACACGAACAUAUGCUGCGAAAUUUCUACAAACAAUGUCAGAAAUUCUCCCAAACCUUGGCGCACAAUGAAGAUGAUUAUGAUGUAGCUCAACAGCUGCAUACGAAAUGUACCACCGGACACGAACAUAUACAACCUCAGGGUAAUUGGAAAGAUAUUUUAGAAAGUAAUUUUGAAUUUCAACAAAAUAACACUCAAGAAAUAACACUCAAGAAAAAAGUAAUCAAGUAG